AUGGAAGAAAGCCUUUUUAAAUGGAGGCCAUCUAAUCUGAUAAAGAAAGUAUUGUCUUUACCAAUGAAGAAAACUAAAAAUGACAUUGGCUUGAAAUUGGAUGUCUCUUAUAUUUUAUCCAAUCUAAUAGUCUGCUCAUACCCGGUAAGCACUUAUCCAAAACUACUUUAUAGGAAUAGUCUGAAUGACCUGAUGUUAUUCUUGACAGUAUACCAUGGGAAAGGAAAUUUUAGAAUUUUUAAUUUCAGAGCCGAGAAGGAGGACAGUGACUAUAAAAAUAAAGACUUAGUCGACAUUGUUGCUAGAUAUGAUAGCAGAGAUUUAGAAAUCCAAGAAUUACGUUCGGCACUUGUUAAUGAUGGCAAGAUACCGAUAUCGCCCAUUGACCUCGAAACAAGGACUUUGGUGGAAGAAGACACCAGUAACGUAAUUUGUGAGAGGAUUGGUUGGUUAGAUCAUUUUCCACCCCCAUUUGAAUUAUUAGAAGAUAUUGUGGAUAUCAUACAGAACUACCUAUCCGCUUCGAAAAAUAGAGUGGCUGUUUUACAUUGUCGAAUGGGGAAAGGCCGAUCAGGUAUGGUCGCCAUUGCAUAUCUCAUGAAAUACUUACAAUGUCCCCUCGGAGAGGCAAGAUUAAUAUUCAUGCAGGCUAGAUUCAAAUAUGGUAUGACAAAUGGUGUCACCAUACCCUCCCAAGUAAGGUACUUGAGGUACCACGAGUUUUUCAUCACACACGAGAAAGCUGUCCAGGAAGGCAUUUGCAAUGAAGCGAUUAACUUCAAAUUCAAGUUUAGACUUGCUAAGAUUUCGUUUCUUCAACCGUCAAGCUUAAUUUCAUCUGGGUCUGCUAUUGUAACUACUAAUAUUCAGCAUUACAACGAUGAUAGAGACAUUCUAAUAACCCGAAAAGUAUUAUAUUCAGACAUGAUGGCACGUGAAUGUUGCGGCAAUAUGACUUUCGUUUUUGAUAAAGACUAUCUGACCCUUGAAAAUGAUUUUCGCAUAGAAUUUACUUUGGGUACCAACAAGUCAAAAGCGGCCAGUAGCAUCAUAUCUUGGGCAUCGUACGCAAGUUGUUGGUUAAAUGCUUACCUUGAAACAUUGAUGCACGUAAUUAAGGACGACUCAUCGCCAGACUAUUUCUUAGUGAACAGAUUAAAGAAGGAUGAAACACUUUGUACAAUUAUAAACUGGCAGGAGCUGGAUGGUUUUGGGGAGCUUAGUACUCACGGUUUGAAACUAUUUCAAUCAUUGAAAUUAGAAUGGGAAAUUAUAUGA